GGUUGUGUGGCCGUUUAAGUUGUGGAGGGUCAGGCGUGGCGCUUAUUUGGCCGUUGGGUGUCUCUGACGGUAGUGGGUUGUGUGGUGGCGGUGGUAACGUGGACAGCUUCCCCCGCUAUACCCAGGGGAUUUUCAGCGGGGCCUGUAACGCGCUCUCAGCUCGUGUUUCCCCGGCUGAGCCCCGGUUCGAAGCCUCUGCCCCUUCUCCAGGGGCGCCAUGAGCGCGGCGGGCGGCUCUGGCGGGACCUCCCCUCGCUCCAGAAGGCUGGCAACCCCUCAUGUCUCAUCCAGACAUGCUAGUUCUCAGUCUCCGGGUCAAGAGGACUUUACUCCUCUCCCUUCAAUCAAUGAGCGCUUGGCCUUUCUCCGUCCCUCCCGGGAGCUGCUGGAAUACUACCGCAAGAAGAUUGCUGACUUUGAUGAGGAACAUGAGGAUUUGGUAAAAAGGCUGGAGAGGUACAAAGAAACAUAUGAUGAGCAGCACAAAUUGCAAUGGGAAAUACAUCAGCGAGAAGAGGAGAUUGCAGAGUUGCAAAAGGCUUUGAGUGAUAUGCAAGUCUACCUCUUCCAGGAGAGGGAACAUGUCCUUCGUCUUUACUCGGAGAAUGAUCGGCUGAAAAUCAGGGAACUGGAGGAUAGAAAAAAAAUUCAACAUCUCCUGGAUUUAGUGGGAACAGACAAAGGAGAAGUUACAUAUUUUCACAAGGAGCCUCCACAUAAGGUUACUGUUCUGCAAAGGCCAGCUAAACCCAGAGAGUCACAAGAAGGAAAUGAUACUUCUAGAACAGUAGGCACCAAGAGGAGCACUUUAAAAGCAGCAGCAAAAGGAGAGAAACCAGAAAGUCCUGAGAGGUAUCAGAGAGAUAAUCAAGCACUUCUACUUCAGGUGGAGGCCCUGCAAGCUCAGAUAGAAGAACAGACUCGAUUAUCCAAGGAACAGGUUGAGGCACUACUAGAGGACAGGCGGAUUCACAUGGAGGAAACCCAGGUCCAGCAUCAGAGGGACCAGGACAAGAUCAAAGCUAUAACAGAUAAACUCAGUAAGACCCAAAAUCUCUUAUAUGAGAGUACCCGUGACUUUCUCCAGCUCAAGUUUGAUGCCCGAGCCAAUGAGAAAGCAUGGAUGGCAGAGAAGGACAGUCUGUUGAGGAAACUUGACAAAGAUCUGGAUCAGCUUAUCAUCAGAGGGUCAAGAAAAGAGAAGCCGCAGAGAUAUACCAAGAAGAUGCUUCAAGCAGAUGAUGGAGCUUGGAAACUCCACAGCAAAGAAAUAAAGUCACUGCAAGAACAGCUACUGCAGGAACAGCACCUGUCAAACAUGUAUAGAGAGCAGUGUGUCACCCUGGAAGGUGAGCUGGCUAGGAUUCGUGAGGAGAGAGAUGUUGGCAGAGAACUCGCUAAGGAACGCUCAGAAAAGAUGGGGAAGCGCCUGAAGCUCAUGACUCAGCGAUACGAGGCCUUGGAAAAACGUCGUAAUAUGGAAGUGGAAGGCUUCAAGAAUGACAUUAAACAGUUUCGGCAGAAGCUGAAAGAUGUAGAGAAGCAGCUUUUUAUGGUGACUCUGAAUAUUGGACCAGACCAGGAUCUUGCAAUUCUACAUGAGGUCUGCCAAGGAAACAGACUUACCCGUAAAAUUCAAGGAGAACUAAAAAACUUAAAAUCAAAAAUCUAUAGCUUAGAGAAUGAACUACGUGUCUGCUGAUGCUGAGGUAUUAGCUAGCAUCCUAGUUUUAGGAAUGGGACAUUGCUAGGCUGGAAUAGUCGUGUGAGAGCAGCUCCUGCCUGUCUGUUUCUUGGCAUCCAAUGACAGAAGGCUUGAGGAAAUCUGUAGUUAAUGUCAUAACGCUGUACGUGAGCCAUUCCUAAUGUGCCAGAUUAUAUUGCUGUUUCAGCUGAGAGAUGACACCUGAUAAGACUGACAUAGAAAGCACAUGAUGACUGAUAUAUCAGCAAUAUUCUUAUGACUUCAUCUUACAUUCAUAUCUGUGGUAGGGGUCAGUGUAUACUGGCCUUCACCUUUAUUUGAAGUAAAUUAUAAACCGCAUAUAUGUUAUAAUAAAGUUAAUCAUGGAAGGAUCUAGUUUAAGAUCUGAUUUGGCUGACGUUUUCCUAUGUGAGAAGCAGCUUUUAAAAUGGUUUAAAUGAUUACUGUUUUGGUGCCUAGGCACUUCAGGAUGUAACUGGAAAUUUUCUUUGAAAAAGACCAUGUAUAGAAAGUAUGUACUAAAGCGUAUUACAUCUGACUCUCCCCUUGACAGUAUAACUAUUUUAAAAUGGCUUCCCUUUGCUUGGUUCUAACCUAAUUGGGACAAACCUGGCUGAUUUAAUAUGGUGGAAAAAGAUAACCUGUUACAGAACUCAUCUGCAGGAACCAGCAACAUCUACACUUGUUUUGAAUGUCUGGGAGGAAGAAAUUAGUACACUAUCAAAUGUCAUCUUCUUACCCCCUUCCUCCCAAUUUAUCUUAACACACAGAGGAAGCCCAUAAUAAAAGGCAUCUCGUAUCUUUCUUAACUAUCAUAUUAUCUAUCUUUGUAGCUUUAAAGAAUAUCAUGGUUAGGUACUAACAAGUCAUGGUUAACUUCUGCUACAGCAGUUGUUGCUACUGAACUGAGGUGCCUAGUUGCUACAUGAAGUGUAGGUGUUCAUGCUUUUACUAUAGCAUCACCAAAUUUUGUCCACCUUGUAAACUGAGAGCAGAUCUCUGCUGGAAGAGGGAUUUCAGUGCCUCUGCUUCCUACCAUACCUUUCCUACCUUGUUAAAUGUGACAGAAACAGAAUAAUACCUUUCCAAAGUAUACACCUAUAAACUAUCAGCACUUCCUUUCCCACUGAAAAGAACUUAGUGUGUGAAAGCAGGCAGUUUCUUUUGGAUGUGAUAGUGGCCAUGGAGAUCCUCAUUCAGAGUUUAGGAGAGGUAGAUAUGCAAAAGAUGGUUUUGUGCUGUCCGGAUUUGGUGAAAGAAUUGUUUUUAUAGCACCAGCUAAAGCAAUGCAGGAGGGGAAAUUCCCUUAAGUCAUCAUGGCCCACUUCAAUUGUGUAUCCUUUUUGUGGCAAUUGUGCUGUCCCUUAUGGUCCUGUACUGUGGCUUUUGUAUGGUUCUUGAGGUCAAGUUCAUCACAAACAGACUUUAGUGUGGGUGGCUGAUGGUCUGUACCUAGAUGCUCAACUACUACUACAAGAGGCUGUUUUAAAGUGUGCUGCACUGUUUAGUUUAGCUGAAAAUGUGGACCUGUUCAGGCACUGAUUCAUGAAUAACUUGGGUGUUGAUGCUCUGAGGUCUGUUGAGGAAGGUAGUGAAAUAAUGCUACCCAUCAGUUAACCUCACUCUUUCUUAGUUGACUAGUACUUUCUCACAUAAGUCCAGCUAAUUAAAGUGAGUUUGUAUGUGAAAUAACAUACUACUGGUUUGAAGAUAUCAAAGUUAUCGCAGGUCCUGGAAGACUGCUUCUGAAAAUUACUAUGUAAUGAAGUAUUAACCACUUAUUCCGCAGGUUCUCAUCUGUUUAAAUUCAGCUGAUAGCGAAACUAGCAAAACGGUCUCCUGAACCUAUAGAAAUAAAUGAGUUUCUGUUUAUUUUCAACUAUUCCAAGCUAAAGAAUUGCUUAUGAAAUUAUUUUCCUCACUUGAAAGCCAUGAAGGAUAAAGACUGUAGGCUUUGUCUUUCAGGUUUGUAAGACUGGGAGGAAGUAUUGGGGGAAGAAGGAUGUAAAUGUUUAAUUUCCUGUUUUCUUUACUAGUAUUAUUGCUUGAAAGACUGAAUAGAAUAAAAUUACAACAUUCCUAAUAUA